UGGCAGCGCCCAUGUAGAAACAAAAUUUCAGAGAAUUUUUAAAAUUCUUUGUUUAUUUCUGUGAUUUGUGGAAAAAGAUAUCCCCUUUAGUAUUUGAGACCAAGAUAUUUGUCAGAAGAUAGUAAAACGAUGUCGUUUGAUGAUGAUGACAAUAUGUGGGAGGAGGAAAUGGGGUCUCCAGACCAAGAAGAUGAUUGGGACCCCGUUCAGGCACAAGAGGAUUGCCUCAGGGAGUUUGCAAGUCGCGACUUCAUCAUGGAACCACAUGUUUUCAAUACAUUGAAAAGAUAUUUCAAGGCAGGGGGCGCCCCAGAACAAGUGGUUGAAUUGCUCUCUGAGAACUAUACAGCUGUAGCACAAACUGCCAACUUAUUGGCAGAGUGGUUGAUAUCUGCAGGCGCAGAUAUCAAAGGUGUGCAGGAGCUUGUAGAAGAUCACCUCAAACAGAUGAUUCUCAAACAUUUUGAUCCAAAAAAGGCUGAUUCAAUUUUCUCUGAUGAGGGAGAGACCCCCUCUUGGUUAGCCGAGAUGAUAGAGCAUCCAACCUGGAGGUCCCUGUUCUAUAAACUAGCUGAAGAUUAUCCCGAUUGUCUCAUGUUAAACUUUACAAUUAAGAUCAUAUCAGAUGCUGGCUACCAAGGUGAGAUCACGACAGUUUCCACAGCAUGUCAUCAGAUUGAGGUCUUCUCCCGUGUAUUGCGAACAUCAAUCAAGGCAUUUCUGGAAGGCGGUGAGCACAUCAUCAAGAAAAAUCUACCAGAGUUUACGAAAAUGCUGUGUCAUGGUGAACACACGUAUCUUUAUAGUCAAGUGUUGAUGCAAAUACUUGCUCAGGAGCCGAAAGGAGGUUCAAAUGUGCGGCGUCUCUGUGAGGAGUUACAGUGCAGUGCCAAAGAAAGAGGUUUGGAUGUGACAGCGAUCACCCUAGCUCUGAGCGGAGCGUCCAACUACCCCCGAGCUUGUCAGGCUCUGUCAGCUAUGUUAUCGAAAGGUGCUCUGAAUCCUGCUGAUAUUACUGUGCUUUAUAAGAUGUACAUCUGUCCUGACCCUCCACCUGUUGAUCUAUUGAGGUCACCUCAACUUCUUGAACUCUUGAUUGACACGUUAUUCAAACCAGGAGUUCGGAUCAAUCCUGACCACAAACCAAAAUACAUUCAUCUACUAGCGUAUGCUGCUAGUGUCAUGGAAACUUGGAAAAAGGGCGUGAGGAGGAACAUUGUUAAAGAUGAGUUAAAGACGACGACCGGAGCGAUAGAGAAAGCACAUGCUCUUUGUGUUGAGAAGAAAGGCUCAUCAGAACUUAUAGCAGACGUUGGAACGUUGUUCCAGUGUAUCAAGUUUCCAGUGGUUGCCAUGGGAAUCUUGAGAUUUGUUGACUUGACUGUCUCAGAACCGAGUUACUUCAAGCUCAACACAGACCACACACCAUUACAUCUAGUACUUCUGGAUGAGAUUGUAACUGGUCACACUUUACUCCAUCAGAAAGUUUUACUGCUACUGAUUCGGCUCUUUGAACAUCCUCAUGAAGAACUGGAUGUCUUAGUCCAACUUGAACUGAAGAAGACACUCCUGGACAGAAUGGUGCAUCUUCUGAGUCGUGGGUGUGUCCUGCCAGUCAUCUCGUACAUAAAGCUGUGUUGGGAAAGACAGGACACGGAUAUGUCUCUCAUUAGACAUUUUGUAAUUGAGGUGCUAGACAUGAUUGCCCCGCCAUACACACCAGAAUUUGCCCAGGUUUUCCUGCCGUUGUUGGAGAAUCCAGAUGUGACCGGUUCACUGAGAAACGAGGAAGAGAACGACUCCGUGUCACUCUUUAUAGCCCAAUGUAAGAAUACAGACUACAUGAUGGCGAGUUGAGGACGACAGGUGACAACAUUGUGUAGUGAUGGAGGAAUGAUCAUUAACCACUUAAAUCAACAGCCGGAUGGACAAUUCUUCUAAUAUAUGAAUAUCUGACUCAGAAUAAUAGUGUCAACUAAGCUUGGAAUGAAGUCUGGUGUCUUCAAGCUUCCAGGCUGAUGGGAUUUAGUGGCUGCCUCUGAACUAAGACCAACUGAUCUUGACUCAGUUGACGGAAGGCAACUUGCUGGUAGAACUGGUUACCACGGUAACUUAUUGAUGAAUUUGUGUAUUUUUGUAAUAGUUUGUAGCAAAGCUUUUGCAAUACACCAUAAUGCAUUUAUCUUCAAACAUGUAGAGUUUUAUGUUGUAAUAAAAUUUACAUGGUUUUUA